CUGAGAAGAAAGAAGCAGAUCUCAGGAGGAGAAAAGAAAUUUGUGUUUCCCCAGCAGAUCAACAUGACAGAGGAAGGAGGAAUUUCUACAAAAAACUUCUUUUUUAAUCAAAUCCUGAUUCAGUUAUAAUUUUUGUGUUGAUUGGCAGAGAAAUCCGGCCAUGAAUUUUAAGGGGCUAUGGUAGCUGAAUCACACUGGCUAUAAAUAACAAUCAGGGCUAAAGAAAAAGAGCCGCUUUUGAAGUUACCAAAUCACGGCCGGGGCGGGAAAAUAGCGGUUUUGGGAAAAAAGCCUUACCCUGGUAAGGGUACAACGGCGAAAACCCUAGCCCUUCCUCUUCUAUGAACCCUUCCUCCGGGCUUCUUUGAUUCCAAUGCCGCCUAUGCCUGAAAAGUUCAUCCACGAGGAGGAGGAGGUCGAUCAUCCGGUGAGAUACCUACCGAUCCGUCAUGUGUAUUCCUCCACUACUCCCUGCGUCAGCUCCAGUGGGUCAUCCAAUGUUGUCUCUAAGAAAGUUAGGGCGCGAAAGAUUGUCGUGGAUGAAGAGGAGAAGGACGCCGGGGACGAAAAGCAGCUGACUGGUCUCUGCCAUGGAGGGCUUCGCUGGGGCAAUGCUGACAAUCCGAUUUUUGUGUACAGCCGACGAAUUAAGAAGCCACGGGGAAUGCCGGAAAUGGAAGAACCCGAUAUCCCUGCUGUCCCGAUAGUGAAGACUGAAGUUCUUAGUGAUGUGGAGUCGGAGAAUGAUAAGGAAAAAGAGAACCGGGAGAAGGAGGUAAAUGAUGGGAAUCCACCAGGAGCCGAGGGGGAUUCUGUUGGUGAUCGGAGUAGGAUAAAGAAUCGGAGGAGGGUGAGAUUCGAGCUGCUGAACCUUGGAGCUGUGCUUGCUGAUCAGAAUGGCAAUGCAUCAGGUGAGGCUCGAAGGAGAGGGAGCAGAAGAUUGUUAAGGAUCAAGACUCAUGUGGAAAGAAAGAUUAGUCGCUGCAGUCUGAAGGAUUCUUCUGAUUCUCGCAUUGGAAAGAAAUGGGUCGAGUUGGAUUUUGAGGGGACGGAUCCAUAUCGAUUUGUUGGCCUGGCAUGCAAAGUUUUCUGGCCUCUGGACGAUGGCUGGUACAAGGGCUCUGUUGUGUCCUAUGAUUCUGACAGCCUUCGGCAUCAUGUUAAGUAUAAUGAUGGGGAUGAAGAACAUCUUGUUCUUGUGCACGAGAAGAUACAAUUUCAUGUUUCUUCUAUGGAGAUCCAAAAAUUGAAUCUGAAGAAGAAGGAACGUGAUCAUUAUGAAAUGCUCUCAUUAGCUGUCAUUUCUGACGAUUGUGAUGUGCCUGAACCUGGGGAUGUUGUGUGGGCAAAACUUACAGGGCAUGCCGUUUGGCCAGCACUAAUAGUGAAUGAACCGUGUGCUGGUGCAAGCGGCCUGAAGCGCGAGCAGUCAUUCUAUGUGCAGUUUUUUGGAACACAUAAUUUUGCAAGGGUUAGUCUUAAGCAGGUUAUGCCGUUUGGUAAGGGCGUUCAUUGUUCUUUUGAUCUGAAAUGCAAGCAAGGUAGUUUUAUUCAGAGCUUGGAUGAAGUAAAACUGUACUUGAGUAAUCAGCAGCUCCCAGAGAGAAUGCUACGGUUUCAGAAGGCUACUGGUAUUAGUCAUGGAAAGGUUGUUUCUGAAGAAAGCGAGGAUCGUAUUUCUGCUUUUGAAGACCUUUCUGGGGAUGAACUGAUCCAACUUGCAGAUGAAUACAUUUUUCUACCAAUUGAAAUUGGAAAUCUUCGCGUAACUAGUUUAGGGAGGGUUGUCCGAGAUUCAUCUUAUUUCCAUAGGAAGCAUCAUAUCUGGCCUGAAGGAUAUACUGCUUAUAGGAAAUUUGCGUCAUUGAUAGAUCCAAGUAUGGUAGCUGUAUAUAAAAUGGAAGUAUUGAGGAAUCCCAAGUCAAUAUCUCGGCCAUUAUUCAGAGUUACAACAGAUGAUGGAGAGCAGAUUGAUGGAUCAAAUCCAACUGCUUGUUGGAAGGAAGUUUAUGAGCGGAUAAAGUGCUUGCGAGGCUAUGGCGCUCUUGCUGAAGUGGAAGGAUGUGAUUUGCAGAAGUCUGGCACUUACAUGUUCGGCUUCUCAGUUCCAUUGAUAUCCAAACACAUUCAGUGUAGAUUAGGCUUGAAGAAUGGGGAAACUCUACCUGCUGGCUAUAGAGCUGUUCGAAUUGAAUGGAAAGAUCUUGACAGGUGCAAUGUUUGUCAUAUGGAUGAGGAAUAUGAGGAAAAUCUUUUCUUGCAGUGUGAUAAAUGUCGUAUGAUGGUUCAUGCCAGAUGCUAUGGUGAGUUAGGACCUAUGGAUGGGGAGUUAUGGCAUUGUAACUUAUGUCGUAAUAGGGCUCCUAAAUCUUCUCCGCUAUGCUGUCUCUGCCCUGUCAUAGGUGGUGCAAUGAAACCUACAACUGAUGGUCAAUGGGCUCACCUGGCUUGUGCUAUAUGGAUUCCUGAAACCUGCUUAACUGAUGUGAAGAAGAUGGAACCCAUUGAUGGUGUAAACAGAAUACACAAGGAUAGAUGGAAACUUUUGUGUAGCAUCUGCCAUGUAACUUAUGGGGCAUGCAUCCAGUGUUCUAACAGUACUUGCUGCGUGGCAUAUCAUCCUCUCUGUGCCCGUGCUGCUGGUUAUUGUGUUGAGCUUGAAGAUGAGAACAAAAUUCAUUUGAUGUCACUUGAUGAUGAUGAUGAUCAAUGUGUUCGUCUGGUUUCAUUUUGCAAGAAGCAUAGUCAACCAUCUAGUGAUCGAACACACAAUGAUGAUGGUCUAACAUUGCUUGAAAAACCUGAAUCAUGCUAUGUGCCCCUAUCCAACCUUUCUGGUUGUGCAAGAACUGAGCCUUAUAAUAUUUCAAGAAGAGGAGGACAAAAGACACCACAAAUCUUUGCUGCAACAUCAAAUAAACGAUUAUAUGUCGAGAACCGACCUUAUCUUGUGACUGGCUAUUGCCAAAAUGGCAUUGCAUCCGCUAUUUUAAGUAACAAAUCCAUGCAAACAAAUUGUUCAUCUCGGAACCAAAGAUCAAUUAGUCAACCUGAAACUUCUGUAAAAGUUUCUUCAAUGUCUGAGAAGUAUGAAAACAUGAAGUCAACUUUUAGAAUACGAUUAGCAUUUGGGAAAUCAAGAAUCCAUGGAUUUGGCGUUUUUGCUAAGCUUCCACACAGGGCUGGAGAUAUGGUCAUUGAAUAUUCCGGUGAACUUGUUCGACCAUCAAUUGCAGAUAUAAGGGAACAUUGCAUAUAUAAUUCACUAGUGGGUGCUGGAACAUACAUGUUUCGCAUUGAUAAUGAACGAGUCAUUGAUGCCACUAAAGCAGGAAGCAUUGCUCAUCUUAUUAACCACUCCUGUGAACCCAAUUGUUAUUCAAGAGUGAUCAGUGUUAAUGGUGAUGAACAUAUUAUCAUAUUUGCAAAACGAGACAUUAGCAAAUGGGAGGAGCUAACAUAUGAUUAUAGGUUCUUUUCAAAGGAUGAGUUGGCAUGUUAUUGUGGCUUCCCAAGGUGUCGUGGUAUUGUUAAUGACAUUGAAGAGCGAGUAGUAACGAUUGAGGUUCCUAGAUCUGAUUUAAUACGAUGGGAUGAUGAUUGAAAGUCAAACCGACAUUCCCAUGUAUUUUCUGUUACAAAUAGUUUACUUUAUAUCGAAUUGAGAUUGCUUCUUUUAAGUCCCAUUAUAUUCAUUUGUGAUGCUUUGGCGGACAACUAUCUUUUUCAAUUCCAGAAAUUUUCUUUCCCGUGUCCUUGCCCUUGAAGCAAUCUAGCACUUUCUAUAUAUUGUUGAUGUAACUAUAUUUUCUUAUAUGCUUCUUUCAGCACUAUGA